ACUCUACCUUGCGCGACUCCACCGAGCAAGAACACCGACAAGGCACUUGAGUAUUGCUCUUCCCCCUUCCUUCACUUUUUGCACUACUUGUUCGCAUUUAAUUAUUUUGCCAAUUGUACACACUAUGUGCUUUCAAAUCUCCACUAUUACUACUAACGCUCGGAAGGCACGCACUGCACGGUGGAGGCAGGCUAAUCCUACUAAUCUACGGCCUGUUCCUCUGUCAUCUACCACUUUGCUCUCUAUUCCAAUUGGUCUCUGGAACUGCCAGUCUGCUGUAAACAAAGCAGACAUUAUUCCUUCUAUUGCUACUCACUCCGGUCUCAGCCUCAUGGCCCUAACUGAGACUUGGAUCAAACCUCAGGACACUGCCACUCCUGCAGCUCUCUCCACUAAUUUCACUUUUUCCCACACCCCUCACACAAUUGGGAGGGGUGGAGGUACGGGUCUCCUUAUUUCAAAUGAUUGGAAAUUUGAUCUUCUACCAUCCCUUACAGGCAACAGUUCAUUUGAAUCUCAUGCUAUUACUAUUACCCACCCUGUUAAAAUCCACGUUGUAGUUGUGUAUCGUCCCCCAGGUCAACUGGGAAACUUCUUGGAGGAGUUGGAUGUAUUGCUCUCAAACUUUCCUGAAGAUGGUACUCCUCUGGUACUGCUUGGUGACUUCAACAUCCACCUAGAAAAACCCCAGGCUACUGACUUCAACACUCUUCUCACUUCAUUUGACCUCAAGCGAGUGUCUACUAUGGCUACUCACAAAUCAGAACAAUCUUCUGGACGACAACCAAUCUGGCUUCAGAAGCGGCCACUCUACUGAGACUGCCCUACUCUCGGUUACAGAAGCCCUGAGACUGGCAAGAGCGGCUUCCAAAUCCUCUGUACUCAUCUUACUGGACCUGUCUGCUGCUUUUGACACAGUUAACCAUCAGAUCCUCCUGUCCACUCUCCUGUGGUUCGAGUCUUACCUCUCAGAUAGGUCCUUCAGGGUGUCUUGGAGGGGUGAGGUUUCAAAGUCACAACUUCUGGCUACUGGGGUUCCUCAAGGCUCAGUGCUUGAACCAC